AUGGUGACAGUUGGAGGCGUGAAGUGGCGGGAGGAAUUGUCCAGUGUUGACCUUGCCUGUAGUCCAUCCCUACUGACCACUACUGUCACGACUUUAAUCGUCUGUCUUGCCACCUGUGUAAAAACAACAUCGUCCAAAACCGCUAUUUAUAACACUAGGACGCGUACCUGUGAUUGCUACGAUAGCUUGACCACUAUGACGUCAUUGAUGGGCAAUCGCCUCUGGAGUCUCCAAAUCGACGGUUACAUACAUAACCAUUCACUUGGUUUGUACAUGAAGAUUGUUGCAGAUCAAUGGCUGUCACACGACUCUGCUAACAACGUAUGCGCGGCAGACGGUGGGAGAUUAGUUGUGAUGGAAACAGUUGACAAACACAACUAUAUCACCAGUUUAAGUGACGUGAAAUAUAACAGCUAUUACCAUAUUGGUGCCAAUGAUAAGGUAGCUGAAGACACUUUUGUUUGGGAAACUGGAAGCGCGGUAUCACGCCAGUCAACCCUAUGGGCGCCCUCACAACCUGACAAUCAUCACAACAAUCAGAACUGCCUAGUGUUGUACCAGUGGGUUUACGAUGACGCGUCCUGUCACAAUCAAAUGAACUUCAUUUGUGAACUUGUAUAA